GUAAAGCAAAUUACCACUGGUGGAUCCCUUGAUUUGCAUUAACAUGAAGACAAAAUCUCUAUCACAUAUAAAAAUGGGCGCACUCAGGCUAUCAUAACAUAACUCAGCAGAGAAAAAAAGUGGUUCUGGUUAGCAAUUAAGCUCGAGUAUAAUGGCGUUUCGAUCAGCAAUGUCAAUGACAUUUUUAUCUUUGCUAUUGCUUUUGCUAGCAGUAGGUUCUAAUGCCGGGGGUAUUGCAGUCUACUGGGGUCAAAAUGGCAAUGAGGGCACUCUUCGGGAGACUUGUGCUACGGGGAACUAUGACUCUGUUAUAUUAGCUUUUCUAGCAACUUUCGGCAAUGGGCAGACCCCAAUGAUAAACCUUGCCGGUCAUUGUGAUCCAUACAGCAAUGGUUGCACUGGCUUGAGCUCUGACAUUGAAUCUUGUCAAGCCGAAGGUGUCAAAGUGAUUCUUUCAUUGGGAGGCGCCGCCGGCAGCUACUCGCUCACCUCCACUGCUGAUGCAAGAAGUGUUGCCACUUACCUUUGGAAUAACUUCUUAGGAGGACAGUCGUCGUCUCGGCCACUUGGGGCUGCUGUGCUGGAUGGAAUUGAUUUUGAUAUCGAAGGAGGAACCAACCAACACUGGGGUGAGCUUGCAAGGUUUCUUUCAGCAUACAGCAGUCGAGGCAAGAAAGUGUACAUAACUGCAGCUCCUCAGUGUCCGUUUCCCGAUGCUUGGAUAGGAGAUGCCCUUAAAACUGGCGUUUUUGACAAUGUUUGGGUGCAAUUCUAUAACAACCCACCAUGUCAAUACACUGUAGGAGAUGUUGGGAAUCUUGAAGACGCAUGGAAUCAGUGGACCUCAGAUAUUCCGGCAACGAAGAUCUUCUUGGGGUUACCUGCAUCUCCUGAGGCUGCUGGCAGUGGCUUCAUUCCAGUUGCUGAUCUUAAAUCAAAAGUGAUGCCAAUCAUCAAGGGUUCUGAUAAGUAUGGAGGAGUUAUGCUGUGGUCAAAGUAUUAUGAUGAUCGAAGUGGAUACAGUUCUUCCAUUAAGAAUGAUGUCUAAUAUCAUGUAUCCUUUGCAUUUGAGCUAAUUAUGAAGCCUUAAAUCUAUGUAUUCCAUAGGUAAUAUAUUGUGCCUGUACUCUUGUCAUUUCUGAAAUAUUUAUUCCUGGAUUCCAUUAUAAUUAAA